GGGGCCGUCACUUCCUGGCCCUGCAGGCGCCGGCAGCGAGGCCACAGCCGGGGCCGGGGGCGCCCGCAGCCCGCCCGCCGCCACCACCGCCACCACCAUGCCCUUUGACUUCAGGAGGUUUGACAUCUACAGGAAGGUGCCAAAAGACCUUACACAGCCAACCUACACAGGGGCCAUUAUCUCUGUCUGCUGCUGUCUCUUCAUAUUGUUUCUCUUCCUGUCUGAGCUCACCGGAUUCAUAGCCACUGAAAUAGUUAAUGAGCUCUACGUGGAUGACCCAGACAAAGACAGUGGAGGGAAAAUAGAAGUGAACCUGAACAUCAGUUUGCCAAACCUGCACUGUGAAUUGGUUGGACUGGACAUCCAGGAUGAAAUGGGAAGGCAUGAAGUGGGUCACAUUGACAACUCGAUGAAGAUCCCUCUCAAUAAUGGGGAUGGCUGCAGGUUUGAGGGCCAUUUCAGCAUCAACAAGGUCCCUGGUAACUUCCACGUGUCGACGCACAGCGCGACGGCGCAGCCCCAGAACCCCGACAUGACUCACGUCAUCCACAAGCUCUCAUUUGGGGACAAGCUACAGGUCCAUAACGUCCACGGAGCAUUCAAUGCCUUGGAGGGAGCAGACAAGCUCAGCUCAAACCCCCUUGCCUCUCACGACUACAUCCUGAAGAUUGUGCCCACGGUGUACGAGGACAUGAGCGGCAAGCAGCGCUACUCCUACCAGUACACCGUGGCCAACAAGGAGUACGUGGCCUACAGCCACACGGGCCGCAUCAUCCCGGCCAUCUGGUUCCGCUACGACCUGAGCCCCAUCACAGUGAAGUACACAGAGAGGAGACAGCCUCUGUACAGGUUUAUCACAUCGAUAUGUGCCAUCAUUGGAGGAACAUUUACUGUAGCUGGGAUCCUGGACUCCUGCAUUUUCACAGCAUCAGAGGCCUGGAAGAAGAUCCAGCUGGGCAAAAUGCAGUAGCAGUGAAACUCUACCCUCGACUCCAAGGACAGGAGCAAAGAUUGACAAAUCUACCACUACCUGUUUUUGUCUUUAUUUUCUAUUUGAUUGAAUCAGUAUGUUUUUCUCUAAUCAGGCUGGUCAGUGAAGACAUCUUCAACAAAUCAAAGAAAUCUCCAUGCAUUUCAGAGCUCUGAGAGGGAAAAAUCAGUGGAAUCAGGGUGUGGGUUCCCUCUCCCCAGAGAGAGAGGUUGAAAUGCCAUUUGAGAUCUAAGUGAGGAUGGCAGUCUGUCCUCUGGGAGGUUCCUAUGGCAGUGUACAAACUAGGGAGUAGAUGGCAAAGAGCUGAACUGUCUUGUGGCACUUUUUGGAGUUCUGUUGGAUUUGCAUGAUCAGACAAUCGAUUUUUGUAUAGGGCAAAAUUACACACGAGGAAGAAAUUCCACCCAUGGUGCCAAAAAGGUGAUGUAUCUGUUGGUGAGGAGUGGAAAGUGUUAGUCCCCACAGCAAACCUAAGAGACAGAGGGCAGAAAUAACACCAAGAAGUGUUUUGUGCUUCUGUUGAAAGCUCAGUUGUUCAGAUACAACCUUUCUAACCAAGUGAAAAAAGAACAGGAAGCCUUCCCCAGCUACCUUUUCCUUGGUAAUCUGUGAUCCCAGCAGUGGAGGGCAUUUCUUUUACUCUGGAUGUAAAAGUGGUUUCAUUCCUUCCCACUAACUGAAUAUCCAGUCUUGUGUUUACAGGUGGCAUGAAGUAAAAACCAAACUGAGCAACACAGUUUUAUGUGGCCUUUGCUUUGAAAGGGAAUCGUUGUCUUUGCAGCAUUAGCUUUUCUUUCUUCUGUUUCUAAACACAGACCACCCAAAAGUCUGGAUUCUGCACUUCUGCUUUAUUAUUGUUGUUGUUGGGUUUAUUUUGGUUGUUUUUUUGUUUUUUU